CGCCGAUAUGUUUUAAUGUACAAAACACUGCGCGCGUUUUAUUCAUCACAAUUCGUCACUUCCGCUGGUAGUAUGUUACAUCCGUGUGGAAGAGAAAGGAGCGAGGAGGCAGUUGGAGAACGGGCAGUCUCGCUGUCAUAUAAAUUCGUUGUAAAUAAUCUCAAUCAAGAGGAUAUGAGCGACAACGAGAAGGAUUUCGUUGAGCGGGAGUCCCGCUCGGCUUCCAGGAGCGUGAGCCCUCAGGGGUCGGGCAAGUCGGCCAGUCGCUCCCCAGCCCAGUCCCCCGCCCUGUCCAAGGAGGGGUCCCGUCACUCCCACUCCAAGUCUCGGUCCCGCUCCAGGUCUAAGUCUAGGUCGCGUUCCCACCGGAGCUCCCGCCGGCACUAUUCCCGCUCCCGCUCCCGCUCGCACCGCCGCCGCUCCCGGAGCCGCUCCUACAGCGGGGAAUACCGGCGCCGACGCAGCCGCAGCCACACCCACUCGCCCAUGUCCAACCGCCGCCGCCACAUCGGCAACAGGGUAGGAGGCCUGGCCCUGUCCAUUCAGCACAGGCGCAUGAGGCGCGAAUGGGGUUCAAUCUGCACUACGUUUGGGUCGAUGUCUCAUGGGAUUUGUACGCAUUACGCAUUUUGUAUUUUGCGCUAUCUCUGCCAUGCUUUCAAUAGCGGGUCUCUGUUUUUGUACUGCUGAUUGUGCUCUGGCUUGCAUUUAAGUUAAUUCUGCGUGAUGUUGUGUUCAAAUUUGACCAGUAGGUUUGACAUGUGUGCACCCAUCGCAUGAAAAUUGGUCUCCACCAUCCUGCUUAAAGGUUGGUCACUAAAAUGGCUUUCAUCUGCCCCAGGGCACUCCUGUGAAAAUUAUACUGUGUUGUUGUGUAAUUGGGUAAAUCUAUUCCAAAUUUAAGGCAUGUAUUAAGAUGGAGGACACUGAUGUGACUGAGAAAUUAGUGUCUUUAUUUCAAUGUACACCAUUAUCAUGUUGGGAUGUCAUCUUGCCCUCAUUUAGUUGACUUCUGACUUUGGAAACAAAAUUAAUAUUAUGAUGAAGCAGUUUAAUUUGAGAACAUUAAAGUUACCGAAAUUGCAAUGGCUAUGUUGAAAUAUUUGCAGUCUUUAAUGAUUGCCCUUUGUUUCCCAUUUAGUUAUCCCAAAAACUUGUCAGAAUCAGAAUUUAUUUGCUCCGUGGUUUUGGGAUCAUGAAUUUCAGAGACCCAUUGUCAUCGUCAUUGUCACAUUCUCUGGGUAGCAUUCUGUCUUAAUUAUGCUGUAAGAUUCUUUGCAUUCUGGAAUAUUUCAAUCUCUUCACUGAGAAUGUGACCGGUGUCCAUUUGGUGUGUAGUAGAUUUUGUAAUCGGUAAUGGCAUUGUACCCUCAAGGCAGUGAUCAUGACUGUUUGGCUCCUCAUAUGAUUUGAGACUCGCUGUGUGCGAAGGUCUGUGUAUAUACGCGGGGUGCACGGACUGAUUCGUGUCUCUGCUUUCCGCAGGCAAACCCAGAUCCCAACUGCUGCCUGGGCGUGUUCGGUCUCAGC